GACCAGUGGAGUGCGGAAGAAGCUCUAACUUCCCUCUAAAGAUCUUUAUUUGAUUAAAUUCUGCAGUAUUUUGUUAUUUUUAGUGAUUUAUUAUAAUGUGUACAGACUGUGUUCAGAAAGAGUAUCCGGACAGGGGCAACACCUGUCUGGAUGAUGGCUCCUACCUGAUGAACUUCCAGGGCUGUGCUAACUGUCAGCACCGAGACUUUGUGCUGAUUAGCGACAAGACUAAAGUGGAUGAAGAUGAGGAGGAGAUUGUCACCUAUCUCCAUAAGUGCAAGAACUGUGAUCACGUCAUAGCCAGACAUGAGUACACGUUCAGUGUGGUGGACGACUAUCAGGAGUACACCAUGUUGUGUAUGUUAUGCGGCAAGGCGGAGGAUUCCAUCAGCGUAAUGCCGGACGACCCCAGACAGUCCAGUCUGUUCUAAGUCUUAAA